AUGCAGCCGCCCACAGGCCGCCGCCGCGAGCCCCCCGGCGCCGCCAGAGGCGGGGAACUCACCAGGCAACAGCCACUUCCAGCGCAGCCCGGCCGCCUCUUCUUCAUGCCGGCGCCGGCUCCGGCGCCAGCGCCACCGGGGCACCACCACCGCCCACAACCACCGGAUCGCGAUCGCCCCUCCUUCAUGCCGCCGGGCCGCUCGCACAGCAACCAACCAUCACCAUCGGUCCCGCCCCAGCCCAGCGCCAGCAGCAGGCCGCCGCCUCCUCCGCCACACCCACACGCGUACGGCGACUACGACCCCUCCGGCGCCCCCGAGGCGGCCCUCCGCCGCCCCCCUCACCCUCCGCCCCCGCUCCCUCCCCCACGCCGCCCGUCAUCCCCCUGCUCCUCCGCACUAGCCUCCUGCCUCGUCGCGACGGCGUUCCUGCUGCUAUCAGCGGGGGGCGCGGGCGCCGCGCUGUUCCUGCUCUUCCGCCCACGCCCACCCGACAUCUCCGUGGCCGCCGUGCGCCUGCCGUCCUUCUCGGCCUCCAACGGCACGGUCGCCUUCACGUUCGAGCAGACGGCGGCGGUGCGCAACCCCAACCGGUCCCCGCUCGCGCACUUCGACAGCUCCCUCCGCGUCGCCUACGCGGGGGGCGAACUCGGCGCCGUCUACAUCCCCGCGGGCCUCAUCGACGGAGGAAGCACCAAGCACGUGUCCGCCGUCUUCGACGUCCCCGCCAUCCCCAUCGCCGCCCAGCCGACGGUCGGGGCCGUCGAUGCCGCGUCCGCCGCACAGAGUCAGCCGCCGGCGGUCAUCGAGGUCCACUCGUUGCUCGUGGUCAAGGGCAGAGUCAACGUCCUCCGCGUCCUCACGCACCGCGUCCAGGCCGCCAAGCUCUGCCGCGUCGGGGUCUCGCCGCUCGACGGCACCGUGCUCGGAUUCCGAUGCUGA